AUGCUCUUAUGUUUACUUUCAACAUUCAAUAGUGAACGAGGAAUAUUUCGUAAAUAUUAUCACGACAAGAUAAUUAGUGUAAACGUAAGUAAUACAUCAAAGCUCCACUUUGAUGGAAGAUUUCAAGAUUCUUCUCCAGAUUUAGCUAUACAACCAGUUGAUAAAAAGGAAGAUUGGUCAUCUGGAUGCUCAAAAAACCAUGCAGUUUUCCCAUGGAUUACUUUUAGUCUAAAAAAUAAGAAAUUUGUUUUUGAUGCGUACUUUAUUAGAUCUGGUUGUGGCUAUUAUGGAUACUGCUGUGAUGAAAAUAUCGGCUGCUGUGCUUGCACACUUUACAGCUGGUUGCUUCAAAUUUCAGAUGAUAAUUUCACAUGGAUUGACGUUCAUAAGGUUGAAAAAGAUAAAUCUUUGACAAGAUGCCGUAGCAAGACAUAUCAAAUGGAUUCAAAGUACACAGCAAAAUACAUCAGACUAAUUCAAACAGAAGCGACUUCAGGAGAACCACCAUGCAUUGCCAUUAACAGAAUAGACUUUCUUGGAAAGGCUAUCAAUGAUGAUGGAACUGAAGAUAUAUCAGAAGAAGAAGAAGAAGAAGAAGCAGAUGCUAAAAUUGAAAAUUUAACUCCUGCACAUGAUGAAGAUGAAGAUAUAAGCAUUAUUGGUCAUGUAUCAAAGUAUAACCACCAUCAGGCAGUAUAA